AGCGAUCACAGAGACAAAAAAAAAAAUCCCUCUCGCGUGUGUGAGUGUGUGUUUGAGUGUGUGUGCGGUAAACCUAUUGGCAUACGAGCUGUAGAGAAAGAGAGAGAGAGAGAGAGGGAGGGAGGGGGGUAGAGCAAGAGCACAAGCGACAGAGAGAGAGAGAGAGAGAGAGAGAGGGAACGUGCGUACGAGGGCUCAUGUAAAACCAGAUUAAAAACACAAGAUGGCUUCCUGAAUGGGCUGCUGGAACACAGACGAGAGAGAGAGAGACCGAGAAAGAAGAAGAGUGGAGAGGAAGAGAGAGAGACAGAGAGAGCGAGAAAGAAGAAAGGAAUAGAGGGAUAGAGGUGAAGACGAGAGGGAGCCCGAGUCUUCUGAUGGGGAUUCGGCCAGUGGACGAAGGAGUUCAAACCAAGGCAGCUCAGAGGCUUGGAGGGUAAAUAUUCAUCACUCCAGACUAUUUAGAAUUGAUAGGUGCGGGGGGGUGGUUUGGGGGGGGGGGGGGGGGGCGAGGUUGGCGGGACCGGGGAACAGCUCGAGACAAAACACACACAAUUUAACACUGAGACAGCCAAGACUAUGUAGACAAGAGGGGCCGGCUGUGCCAAAUAAGAGGAUGCUGUUAUUUAGAAAUAAUCAGCCAUCACUAUAUCCCUUCAUCUUCAUCUCAGCAAACUGACACUUGUGCACAAUUUACACAUUUACCCCCCUCUGUCAGCUGGCUGAUGCAGACCUACCUAAUGCAUGUAUUCAUUAGGAUGUGUCAGGUUGGGAUACAGACAUUACAUAAUUCUAUAAUUGAAAUUGAAUCCCGCUCGCCGUCUCUUAUUCUCCGUCCCAGCAGUAGAGGGAAGUGCCGGCUCGCUGUUAGAGCUCAAAUCAAAGAAAGCAGAUCUGUGCGGCUUGUCAGCUUUUUUUAUGAUUUUCCUGAGGAUGACAGUAAAGGUGAUGAGAUUGUUUGUGAAAAGAAAUGCAUUUCGGACCGGGGAGUCUUACUGUCUCUAAUGACAAGUGUUUCUGACCGCGCCGUUGUCGCAUUAUUCUAUUGAUUGUUAUUCUCUCCCCCCUCCCAUCUCUCUCCGUCUCCUUCUCACUCCCCCCUCUCUUGUUCUGUUGAAUGGCUGUAAAGGUGGAAUAUUUUGAAGACAACAGUCGAGGCUGCUUGGGAGACAGUGAACUGGCAGCUGAGGUAAGAGAGGGCAUUGGGUUUAUGUUUGCCUGCUGUUGGUGUGUAUGUGUGUCAUCUCUGUCAUCUGGGCGUAAUCUCUGUGCAUGGUGCAGCUGUUGGUUCAUCAGCAUUGGGAGGCUCUUAAAUGGAGUAAACAAGGUGGUUGUUAAACACAGCGAUCCUUUCCACCAGUGUGAAUCCACACAUGUGUUUGCACAAAAGAUAAAACACCCCUGUCUUUCACGCGUAUGUAAUUCUCUUAAUAGUUUUGGCACUUGGUAGUUAUUACGCCAAAAAGGCUUGUCAGUGUUGCAGUUGUGUUGCUCGGAUGUCAUUUCGCUGUUUGCUGCUCGUCCCGUCCAAAAACCCGAGCACAUAUCAUCGCUCUGGAUAUCAUCACAAGGCGGCAUACAGGUGUGUAAGACACCUUUAACUUUCUAACUUCCCAUCCGAGUCGCCAUGCUCGGAAGCUGAUUAUUUUAAAUCGCUGCUACUUUUCUGCGAGCUGCAGUGAGCUAUGCACCUCAUUGAUGAAGUGGCGGCGUCCUCAGUUUAAAGCGUCCCACGCUGCCCGCUGAUUGGUGCCAGAGCCAGGCAUGUGUAGAUACAAGAGACCAAGGAGAGGAGGAGGGAGGAGAAGGGAGGAGGAACCCUACGCACUGGCUCAGGAGCCAGAGGGGGGCCGUCCUUCUCUUCCUAGGUUUUGGAGUCAAAUGAGGUAAAGGGAGUAAAAGUUAGUGGGUCACGCAUGCGUACGUGUUUGAUUGUCGGCGUAGUAACCUGUGGCGUCUGGCCGCUGAGAGCUGCUGUUCUGCAACAAGCCGAGUCGGGGCACGCUUGUGGGUUUAUGUGCAAAGGAAGUCAGAACAGAGAGGCUUCCUGGAUAAAGGAUUUAUUGAGCAGCGAACAAGCAGCUGUAGGAGUGAUGUUUCCUGGUAGUAUCGGGAAAAACCCUUUGAUUCACCUGCUAUCAAACGCAGCGAUACAAGGUGUCAUCGACCAAGCCGUGCGAAAGCGUGGAAAGUCAUGACUCAAGACAGAUACACUUGCGUCACGAUUUGAAAUAUAGGUUAGUCAAUCAGUUUCGAAUGUCAUGAAUGGGCUCCACUGAGAUACUCCAGCUUAACCCUAAGCCUGCUGUAAUCCCCGUCCAUGCGUAGACUCUUUAACUCUAAAGCAUGUAUGGCCAUCUGGUUCGCAAAGAAAAAGCACCGAACUGUCCAAUUGCGAGGACAGUUGUUGAUCAUGUUAAUAAACAUUGUAUUUUCUGCCUUUGGGGCUUUCCAGGGAUCCUGUUUGUGAAGGGUCACGGUUACUGUGUGUGUCCUUGGUGGAGUGUUUGUCUCAGUGAGAUCCUUGUCAAACAUUCCCCUGGUUGCACAAAGACAACACAGUCUACACCCAGCAGGCUGAGAGCAGUAUUUUUGAAGAGUUAAAUAAGCAGUCACAUGAUAUCAUUAAGUAUUUUAAGUACACACACACCAAAAACAGGACAUUGGAACUUGAAAAGAGGAUGUCAUAAGAGACAGACAGCACUGCUAAGCGUUUAUUUCAGCUUUUACAGUGUAGGGUAUGUUUGUUGGUCUUCUUUGCUGUUCAGGAAGCAGAACUAAAUCAAGAGUUUACCACAACAGGUUACAAGAGAGACAUACUGCACUCGUGUGAUUUCUUUUCCACGCCCCUACGCAGGAUUUCCUCUUUCUAAAUGAGAGGAGGUUCACACGGCUCGCUGCUGGGAAAAAGAGUCAAAGGCAGAGUAGAAACACUCAAACCGCCGAGUGCGUGACAGCAGACGGAACGUUAGUUAAUCAUAUGUUGGGUCUCGCGUGGAAUCCCGUGCCUCGUUUGCAAAGGGUUAACACUGACCUAGUUUCCGUGGCAACACUGAAUGUCUGAUGACAUCAUUGCUUUAAAUUUAGCUCAAGUCCGGCAUCCAAUGUUGGUCAUGUGAUCAACUAACCGGCACGGAGAGUGUGUGUGUGUUUGUGUAGUAGGUGGUUUGAUGUUUUGUAAAGAGUCAGGAAGUGGAGGGUUUGACAUCACCUCUUCCAUUCAGGGUUGGCUUACGACUGCUCUGAGGUUUCCACUCAGCAGCUCUGUUACUCAUGUGUUAAAAUGAUCUAAUUGUUUAUUACCUAGCUUGUUUUUGAUGUUGGAGUCACGUUGUUUUGCUCCUGAUUCAGCUCGAGUCUCCUUUAAGACAUCUCUGACUAUUGUCUGAUCACAUAUCAGGAUUGUAGAUCUAACAGAGUCAGACAAAACAUGACAACCGUACAGUACAAAGUAAUGCAUCACCAGUUGUGUCUUUGCUUUAUUUGUUAUGUAAUUUCCUGUCUGUGGUGUUAUACAUUGUUGUGUUUUCACCAGUUUAUACUACAACUCCCGUAAGCUCUAGAGGAAUGGACACAGGAAUGAAAGGUACAGUGUGUAGAAAUAGGAUUAGCCAUGGCCAUGCCUAGUGGACAUAUUCUGGAUUAAAAUGCUCCUAUGCUCACUCCUCCCAUUGGUGACAGAAGAGGGCCUUUGAGGACAACAGUGUGAUCCCCCAUCUGUCAAGUUUGAGGGGGGGGGGGUGUUAUGCUUUUUUUAUUGUCUUUAUAUUGUUCCUCUGAUAGCUUCUUAUCAGCUUUAAAUGGUAAACAGUUCAACAAAUUCUUAACAUUUCAGGCUGUCUUUAAAAACCCUCUGAGAUGCUUCAUUUUAAGCUGCUGCUAGCAUUUCAUAACCUAGCAUUCUAGAAGUCCCCUUCACUGUUGCCAUGUGUUUCUACGUAUAAAAUGACACAUUUGCCCGUUUAAAAAGAUUCACUGUUCUUGUGUGACUUUUUAAAAAGCCAUUCAGAGCCCCCCUGUGGGGAUUACAUCUGUGGAUUACUUCAACACACGCUGACCUUACAGUCUGAAACUAUGCUCGUAUAUUUUACUGACAUCCAAUAAGACUUUCGCAAAGCUUUAUAUAUAAUAUUCCAUUUCUGCCAACUCUGCUUUGAUAAAGGCUGGGAAAUACUUUGCAUUGCACCUUUAAGUUCAAGGUGAACCAUUGUCCACCCUCUGAAGUCCUCUAUAACUCUGUGAGAGUAGACUAUAAACUAAACUCCUCUUAUCUUCUGUGGACUGUGUAUAGAAAAGCAAAUGUUUGUGACUCUGGCCUCUGUUAACAGCGGGGACAGGAUUACUUUAUCAGAGUGACCGAAGGGACUAGAAAACACUGCACCUUGUGGACCAUCAUGAGACUCCAUUUUUAUGUGUGUAGUCCCUAAUGACUGCCUUACUUGCCAGCAGUACAUGAUCAGUAUUGCUCUGUCUUCAUCUCUCUCUGCUGGCAGUUUUCACAUCUUUGUAUCUGCACUAUCUGUCCUGCUGCACUGCUCAUAGUCCUGCAGUGAGCGUGGCUGCACUCAGCCUGCAUUGAGUCCCGAGCUGGAUCGAUACCCUGCAUGGCACGAGGAGCUGUGCCUGGUGGCUGGUUGGCAUCGUUGGUGGUAUCUGUGUCUCAUGUCAGAGGGAGGUUGUCAGCCGCCUGGUGCCGCAGUUAAUAAAAAAUGAAUGGAGAGAAAGGGGGAGGAGUUAUCAGCUGUUGCCGGAGCUCUUUAACUCUCACCUCUCUGGUGGCUGCUCUGCUGCUCCCACUGGGCAUGCAGUUUAUACAAUCCUGAAUCCCACUGCUGCCUGACACUGCCAGGUUUUAUGUAAUACAGCACCACAGCUGUUCGAGUUUGUAUCAGGCUAUUGAAACUCGCGCAUAAAAACAUUGAUUCCUGAAAUAAUGGAACUGUAUUUAUGUGAAUCCAAUUAAGGCUCAUCUCUCAAGAAAGCAAUAAAAGCUAUUUAUGAUUGAAGGAAAAUAGAUUAACUUGUUGUGGCUCAGAAAUGCAUUGAAUGUAGUAAUUUCUACAAAUAUCUCAUUUAAAGGACAAACAUUGCCCUGCUGUUAUCUUUUGGUCGACUCGGGCUGUGAAUCUUGAUGAUUUUCUGUCUCCAAGGUUUCAUAGUGCACUGUUGUGUACUGGCCCUUUAAGCCUGGCCAUGCCUGACUUGAACAUAUGGGAAGCUAAUCUUAGCCCAAGUCCUGAGAGAGACAACGCUGGCAAGCAGCCAUCGUGCAGUGCUAAGAGAGGUUUUUCUUUCUUUCUUUCUCUUUAUCUGAUUUCUCUGAAUUUUAAGAAUUCACUGCCAAAUGUUGUCUCACAUAAACACUGAGGCUGUAAUGUGUUUCAGACGAAGCUGCUUGUCCUGUGCUUGAAAUAACCGCUUUCUGAUUACAUCAGUGUUCAAUCGAAUUUGAUGGCUCAGCUCUUUUUUAUGACUUGGCUGACAUUCGUCUGGCUGGUCAAACUACACAUUAUUCUUUUUAAUAUUUUUUCAACCAUUUUUAACUUGCUUGUUUUCCAUUAGUUCCUCUUUAUUGUUGGCUCAUACCUCGUACUAGUCAUAGCCUCUAUAUUGAUUACAGUCCUGUCUUUCUUUUAAUGUCCCAGACCUCAUGCACAAAGAGCUGCCUCUUAAAAACAGCCCCCCCCUUCCUCCUCAUUAUUUCUUUUGCGACUCCACCCUGCCCGACAGCCCCCCACCCAUCACCACCUUUCUUUUUUUCUCUUUCUCUCUCCUCCCUCCAAAACCUCUCCUCCCUUUCUCUUUGUGAGGAGUGGUAAGGAGUGGUUGUGGGGGGUAGGCCUUCCCCAGCUGGGUAAUUCGUGCCGACUUGCACGUGCCGAAAGUCAGGAGGUAUGACUCAGGCUGGUUACUCUAUACUCGUUAGUGCCGUCACAUCUACUACAAACACACCCUGAACAUAACACCAUGCUGCCUGGAAGCAUGUUGAGAUGGGGGCUGGGGGCAGAUGGCAGUGAAAACAAAGACAAAGAGAGGAAACCAGCCAAAAAACAGACAAAUGAAAGAGUAAAUAACAAGGUGACACUUUAAAUAUGACAUGUUAACAGUCUGUUUAUCGCAUAUAUAAUCUACAUAUAAUAUAUGCAUACAAACGACUCUGCAAGCUUUAGCAGCUUUACUUUUUAUACCCUGAUCAAAAAAGGGCACAAUAAGUCAGUUUAUUUUUAUUUUUUUAGUUAUAAUAAACAAAAUCUUAUUUAAAAGCUUUUUUCUGCCAUAUUUGGUGUAUGAAAAGACAACUCUUGGUAAAAGUUAUAAUAAACUAAUCAUAAAAACAGAUCUAAUAGAGACAUAACCUUUUUUUGUUUAACCAGGCUGAAGCACUUUGUGCUGCCUCCACUCUGCUCAGUGCAGCUCUGCAGCCUCUCGUCCUGCCCACCAAUAAACCCAGUGACCCCAGAGAACAAUCCAAUACUGUAUGCAUACUAGCAUGCAUGUGUGUGGGGGAAAAAAAAAAACUUACAAGCGUGCCUCUGCAUUUGUUGCCGGUGUGUGCAUGUGAAAAGAAACAGGCGUGUGUGUUGGUGGCGCGUGUGCAAGGAGGGGUCGGGUGGACGGGGAGAGUAAGAGACGUUUAAGAUAAAGGGACAAGGAGAGAAAAAAAGAGGGAGAGGGGGAAGGAGAGAGUCAGAGUAUGUCAGAUCAGAUGACCUUGAUGCUAUUAGACUGCAGGGCUAUAUGGGUUGGGGGUGUAGUGGAGGUAGAUGGGAGCAGUGGUGGAGGGAGGAGGAGUCAACUGACAGAGAGAGAUGGGGGGAGGGGCAAGGACCCUUGCGUCAUGACCCUGAAGCUCAUUGGUGCGUUUUAACCCUAACUGGCUCUGGUUCUCCUGCUGAUGAGAGGCGGUAAAGGUGCAGCAAUACAAUCCUAAAACCAGAAAAGUUGUAAAAUAAUGAUAAAAACAAAAUCUGAUUGUCCAUUAAGAAAAGACUGAGACAGACAUCCUCAGUUCUAAAGAGAGGGCCACUUAGCUUUUUAUCAGGGGUUCAAAAAACAUGCAUGAUAUGAGGAUGCAUAAGUGCUCAUGCCAUGACUAGUUUACACAUCUGAGAAGGCAUCGUUACGGCUAAAUAUAGCAACAUAUCUUGCUGUCCAGACAAUGUCUUUUUCAGGAAAUGCGUAUUCCAGUAGAGUAGAGGAGUCCUGGUGCAAACUGGCCUACCUGCACACACGCCAAGACAUAAAAAAUAUCACAAAGCAGACCUUAAACUGUUGAGCAGCUGAAAUCUUUUUUCAAGCAGGAAUGGCAAAACAUUUGACUUUAAAAAAUCAGGAACUGCUCUCUGUUUAUUUUGUUUGUUGUUAAGAGAAAAGUUGAUGUAACACCAUUGUAAACAUGCCCCCGUCCAAACGGUUUGGAAACAUGCUGCUGGCAUCAUAUUUUAAAUGAGGAUAUAUUUUUCAUAAAACAAGAAAAUUUUCAGUUUUAUCAUUUGAUAAUGUUUUUUCUCCCCCCACAUUUUUCAAUCAUAUACAUGCUUCAAUGACUUUAAAAACCACCUGUUUCAGUUCCUGCAUCUCAAUCCUCUUGGCAUUGGGGUUGUUGUUGAAUCAUUUCUUUGAGAGACCUUUCCCCCUGUGGUGCCCUUGAAAAAGAACAAAUUGUUCUUUAUUGACAUCCCCGUACCUCGAACACACAAACCACCCACUAGUGAUGUGCUGGGAAAAAAAAUGUAAAAAGCUCAUUUCAGUGUGUGUGAGGGUUUUCAUGUCAGGACUUUGUUGAAAAGAAGAGAGAAAGAUGACUCAGGCUUAGUCAUGCAAGCUAACCCAACACACAACGCUCAGGACGGACUUUUGUUGUCAGUCAUCCCUCCUACAACCGAGACCUUUCCUCUGUGCUGCUGAGAAACAGAGAGCGAAAGACAGAAAAGUGAGAGGGAUGGAGAGAGAGAGAGAGAUAGUGAGAGAGCAAGGAGGGCGUGAAGCAACUCAUUUGAACGAUAAUUUGACUCGAUUAGAGAUAUAGCGAUCAAUGUGAGAUUAGGAGCCUCUGUUGCGCGUGCCUCACUCUCUCAAUGCCGGGUUACAGCAGGUUUACCGUAAGUGUGCAGCAUACUGAUUCAUGUUUCAUUUCUCCUCAUCACUGAAAGGUUAUUGUUGUUAUCAUUUCAAAUGUAUUGUGGUCUCAGGGUUAUGUGAAACGAGAGCCAAUGGAUUAAUUUAGUCACUGACUUACUUCCAGUUAUAAUUUAAUCUAUCACGUUGUUGUGCUAUCUAGUUGAAAAGUAACUCAUUGAGCUAAGGAGGUGAUCUCAGGACAGCGCUCUCAGGCAUACCAGAGAAUCAGCACAGUUGAGUUACCUCUUUGUGUUAUUUGAACUUAUAUAUCAUGGCAUUUUAUCACAUGGUUUUAUAGCCUUAUCUGUCUAGUUAAUGUAUACCUAGAAACAAAUGUUAUAGAUGUAAACACCUGUAACGUACAACAAUAUUUUACUUGAAAUGACUCUGUCUUUGUCCUCCCUGUUUUGAGUCAUCGGCAGACACGUGUGUUUAAAUCAAAGGCUCCAUCUUUUAUUUGUUUGUGCCUACAUACAGUCAGUUUUAGGUGUUAUACAACUUCUGCUUCUGAUUUGACGUCGUGGAGGUUCCCUUUUUUCAGGUUGUACUUUUGGUCACAUCAUACUUCUUGUUUCACACAGAUGUGUACGUGGUCUGUGGCAGGCUCUGUGUGCUAAUGUUUUUACUACCGUGAGUAAUUUUAUUCUGUACGAGCGCUGGUCACAUGUACGUCUUGGGUUUCUGUUAUAUUUUCUCAGGGCUUAUCUAUAAAUGAAAGUUUUACAGCCUUGUGAUAUAAUUCAUUUAUGAUUUGUUUGUCCUGGAUGUGAUUGUGUUGACAGCAUGCUUUUACGAGCUUUACUAUUUUAAAGCUAUUCUCAGCGACAUUAACUGAAGCAAGUGCAUCAUAGGAAUACCAUUUCAUUUAACCACAAGCUAACCAAUACAAUAGUCUGUUAAUAGCUGCUUUCCAGCAAAUAGUCACAGCUUCACGCUUCAUGCUGAUUUAGAGUUGUAUUGAUUGAGAUUGGUUUGUUUAUAGGUGUAGUAGUUAUCAGGCUACUUACACAUUGAAUAAACAUGAAAUUUAACAUUUUAAUUAACGCUAAAGUCUAAAUGGUUUGCUGUAUAACCCACUGAGCAAUAGGCAGCUAUUAGACAUCUAGUUUUUUAGACCUAAUUUCAACCGUCUAGAUUCUGUAUAUUUUUAGAUGGAAUUUAGAUGUUGCACUUUAACCCAUUAUUCGAUAACUAUUUAUUUCAAAAAGCAACUGUGAGAUGCAUAACUGAUCUCCAUGUACUUAACCAAUAUAAAUAUGAUAGCCGUUGAGCAAUAUACAGUUAGACCUCUGUUAGCCAGCUAGUCUAAAUUGGUCCAAAUCUAGAUGUCUGAAAACUUUUAUUUUUUGACCUGUGGUAGCCUGAUUUUAGACCAGUUGUCUCGGCUACAUUUAGACGUCUAUUAGACCCCUUUUAGACCAAAAAAUGCUCAGUGGGAAUGUUGUGAACCAAAAUUAUAUUUUUAUCCAUGUAAAGUCUUGACAUUAGCGUGUUUCUGGCACUUUAACAUAUACAGAAAAUACCAGCAGCACCAGUAUUAGGUCCUCUCCUCUGUAACUUUUCUAUGUUUAUUUUCUUCUCAGUCACUUGGUCCCAUAACUCUACCAAAGCCCAAACUAUAAUGCAGUUAGUGGUUGUUUUGUGUCUGUUUUCGUCGACUUGGUAGAUGCCGUAACUUGUUUACAUGGAUUAAUCUGAUGCGUUUGGUGUGUUGAUCUGGUUGUACCUUACGUCACAUUUGCCAUUCAGAAAUACCAACUGUUGUCAAGGGGUUUUGGCCAAUCAGAAUCGAGUAUUCAACACAGCUCACAGCAAAACCUAAAACAUGACAGAAUGAAUGGUCCAGAGUGUGAGAGGAUAGAAAAAAACCCGUUAUGUUCAGUGUCGCUUUGACUGUGCGUGGAGAACAUGUGAUUCAGGGGUUAAGUCAGGGCUUGAGCUUAAAUGCUGUGUCACCGCAGCCGGGGGAGGAAGCGAGGAGAAGUGAGUCGGGUAAAUGAAAGAGCAUGUUUUCAAGUGUCCGUCGGUGUGUGGUGUUGGCGAAAGCAGAGAGUGGGCACAUUGUGUCAUCCUACCGAGUGGUGAAGGCAAAGCAACCUGGUGGGAGACACUGAUGGUGAUGGUGAUGUUGAUGAUGACGACGCAGCUAUGUCACCGCCACAUGUUUCCUACCUCUCUUGCUCACUGCUUUCCCUCUUGCUCAUUGGCGCUCCGUGGUCACAUGACCUAAUGCUCUACUUCUCCUCUCCUUCCCUUAGACAGCUCAGGCUGCGCCGUGUUUCUCUUUGGGAUUGAAGCUCAUCUGUGUGUAUACGAAUAUGUGUGGCAACAGAGAGACGGACAGUGUUCAAUUUACAAGGCCGGAGAGCGGCUGCGUCAGACUGUGUUGGAGCGGUAAUGCAAUAAGCUAUGCUAGAAGAGGGGAAAGCUUAGGAAACAAAACAGAGAGAGAGAGGGAGGCAGAGGCAGUUUGACAAAGCCAGAGAAAAUGAGAGAUCAAGUGAGAGGAAGAGAAACAGGGAAAAGUCAAAGUAAGGGAGGCAGGGGAAGCCUAUUGAAGUUGAUCCAGCCAGAGCGCUGAGUAGCCGGCACACGCUCAGUAAUAUAAGAGAAAAAUACUACGCAAGAGCUGACAACGAUCUGCAUGGAGAAGACAGCCAUGUUUUCCUGCUCCUCCUCUUCCUCCUGUUUAAUUUGCUCCAAAACUCCAGCAAUGUUGGAGAGAAGAGAGGAGGCCAGUCAGCCAGCAAGUGGGCGAGUGGAAACAUCCGGAGAUCAUGAAGACAUUGAUGAUGAUGAUGAUGAUGAUGAUGAUAACAAUGACGCCAAGGAAGAACGAUGGUGAGGAGCGAAUAUCAAAACCGUUGAAGGUUGGCGGACAGGAGAGGAUCGUAGUCUUGUACCCGUCGAAGUGCUGUUGGUAGAUAACUUGUAAUGUCUGUCUACGAGCGACAUCGACCUCCCAAUCUUCCUUUCAUUCAGACUCUUUUUCUGCAUCUUCACUGCAGCUUUAGUGUCAGUCACAUGAAAAACAGUGACUCUCUCUCCUUCCUUUAGCUCUUGUCUUCCCUCUUUUCUGUCCAUUCCUCUGUCUUCCUCAUGCUGCCUGAUUUCCAUGUGUCAUCAGCUGUGCCAGGCUAUUUUUUUUACCUCUGCUAAUAACAUGUGGUCAAUGCUCUUCAAACUUCCUACCUCUUGUAGGUUAGUGAGUAGACAGAGAGCGUUGAUAAACCGCUGUCACCCUCAGCCUUCUUCCUUCAGUCAGAAACCUCCCAUCACUCCUGCAUCCUUCGCGUCCAAGAGUCAGGGCCAGCAAGAGACCAGCAAGCCAGCUGCCUCUUCACUUCCCAACCUUCUCUGUCCUGUGCAUGCAGCUCUGCAAGAGGAUCUACAAUCGAACACGGGUGUAACAUCGAGCCUUUUUUGUUUAUCGCAAGGAAUCGGCCACAGAUGUGAAUAUCUACGGAAAGGAAUAGAAAUCUAAUACUAUGAUGCGUGCCGUCUGCUUUGGGCCGGGGUUGAGCCGAAUCUAGAUAAGCAAACAUGUAACAUAAUCUCCAUAAAAGAAGACCGGAUCCAUUUGCAGAAGGCAAAAACGCAAUGCAACAUUGCCUCUUUUUGCUCCUUUCUCUUUUUCCGUGUGAUUUCGUCGUGAGAGGUUGCAUUUUUGCUUGCAAGCCGCUGGUUCGCCUCAGCACAAAGAAUCACUGUCAGUGCUAAAAUCGUCUACACUAGGCAUUAGUGGAUAAACAAAUACAACAAAGCGUUAUGUGUUAGAUAAUCUAAUGUAAUAAAGCAAGUCGUGUUGAAGGGCGUGGAGACAGAGAGAGAGGGUUUCUCAUUGGUAAGAGCUCUGCUGCGCUGUGCUGUUUCCUAGGCUGCCGCUACGAGCGACUAUCCCUCACAGCCCUCUCUGUUUCUGCUCACUGCACACUCCUCCAUUCCAUCGUACGUGCCCGCUGUGGCUCAGAUAAUGGCCUCUCGCUCUACACACACUGAGGAGAGAGAGGAGAUGGAGGGAGAGGCUGUGCAGGAGGGAGGGGAAUAAGGGAGAGAGAGAGAGAGAGAGAGAGAGAGAGGGAGAGGGAAGGGGGAAGGUGGGGGCUGCGAAGAGAAGCGGACUGCAUGUGUACCCGAGAGAAAGAAAGAGGAUAUUGAAAAAGGGAAGGGAGGAGCAGACAGAGAUAAUGAGAAAGGAAAAAGGAGAAAACAGAAAGCGUCGGCCAUAAGAAGAGAGAACAGAAUGAGAAACGUGCGUGCGGCGCUGGGGGAGGUGUGUAGUGUUUGUGUGGCGGGCUAUGUGUGCGUGUGUGAAUGCAUGUGUACUCCGGCGCUUGUUCCGUCUGUGUGCCGCACAGACUGAAAGAUAUAAAAAGGAAUACAACCCCGCAAAACCGGAUUGCUCGUGAGCUGCUGUGCCGGCAAGCAAGUCUCAUGCUCCUCGCCGUUUCCUUUUCUGCUCUGUGCUCUCUGACCGGCAUUCUCAUCUGGACAUUCAGGACCACGUAAGUAUGCGUCGCUGCCCCCUCAAGCUCUCAGCCGGCUUCAUAUUGUCAGGGAAUCUACUUCAUGUUCCUGCUUGGCACAGCGGCAAAGGAAGGGGAGGGAAGAAGGACAACGGGCAGGAUUUUGUGUGAUUGUGUGUCUAUGUGAGGGGGUUUAGGCUCAGCUGUCUGCUCACAAGUUCAUUUUUAACCUAGAACCCCUCACCUCCUCAGUGUCUUUAAACAUUGUGUCUCCUCCCUGUUUUUUUUUUUUUUUUUUUUUUUUUACAGUGUCAGUAUUAAACAGCCCUUGAUUCACCCUCCUGUUUAAAGGGCUCAGAGACUCAAGUGUCAAACAGGUCCUGCAACAAUCUGAUCUGGUUAGGUGUGUUGAUGCAUUCAUUGUGUGUCAAGGUUGUGCAAAAGUGUGUAUAGAGGUCUAGAAUAGGGUGACACAGAAGUAGGACAGGUAGGGUCUUGAAAAGAGCAUAGCCUCUGUCCUGGUGUAAAUAUUUGUCAAAGCACGUGGUCUGUGCAGCUGGCUGGGUAGGUGCAAAGCGCUGCAGGUGUGAGCGCAGAAUUUUAAUCCCAGACUCUUAUAAAAGUUCAUCAAGAUUUGCAACUUUUAUUUUCUCAAACAUCAUCCUGUAAAGUUUAAAUAAUGACGUCUUCAGAGACCUCUUAGUUUUGUUUGGUGUGAUACACAUUUUCUGCACAUGCGGCGCUGAGUGGGACUUUAAGUGUGCAGCUCAAGGUGCUUUAAAAAAAAAAAAAACGUGAUUUCUGUUUGAAGCUGAGUUUGCCUGUAAGAGGAGCAGGAAAAGAGAGUGUCAGGGUGACUGAUAGUGUGUGAUUGUGGGUUGUCUGAUUGUGCAGUGUUGCAGUUUCUGUUUCAACACACUGCAGUUCUCAUAACUGCCGUGCACAGCCAACCAACUCCCCCCACCCCCCCUUCCUCUUCCCUGUGAUGCCACUGAUAGUGCAGACAUGGGGCCUCUCACGUAUUGCAUGCCGGCUGUUCGCAGCCACCCCCCUGAUCCCCCUCCUCUCAAAACCUCACAUCACAUCUUAGCAAUACCGCCGCCAACCCCCCUGGGACCCCCAGCAGACUUACAGCGCAGAAGGUAGAUUCAAAAGACCCCGGCAUACUGGCUGUCCGGUAAUUAGCCACUUCAAAGGCUUAUUUCAAUGAUAUUUAAAUGAUGGGGAAGCAGGUUUAGGGAUCACUUUAACUGUCAUACACUGAGGAAACUACAAACAGAGACCUCAUUUUUAUAAACUCUUAAUUAAUAAUCAAGAUUUAACAUGCAGAGAUGACAGAUGAGGUGCUUGAAGUUGAAAGUAAAGGAUCUUACUUGUAUUAGUUUGUUAUAAAAGUGUAAAACUGUUGCACUGUGUGAAGUAUCCAGUGGCUGCUUGUUUGGGGUUUCCUCUCAGUUAAGAUUUUGACAGUUGAAAUGUGCACUACCCUCUAUUCACAAGGCUGACUCAAAAAUCAUGUUACCAUUGCUAGUCUGCUUUUGUUUUUUUCCUCAAAGUAACUUCCAGGUCUGUGAGAAAACUCUUCAGUCACAACAACUCUGUCAAUGAUUUCUCAGCUUGCCCUUGAAUCAUUAUUGUUUGCUCUUUUUCUCCAGACUCAUUUGAUUAUAAAACACAAGGCUCUGUGCCUGGUUUUUAAACUCUAAGGAACAAAUAAGUAGGACUGGAGUCAUUUUCAGAUCUAGAGUUGGCUUGAGUUGAAAAUGCAGCAGAUCUACCUUAUUAUUUUCAACAUUUUUUCUUUAUAGUGCAACUAAUACCCCUCCUUCCCACGAGAGAAUUAAAGCUAACACAAGCCUUUAAAUGUCAUUUGACACAAGUGGAACAAGGUGAUGUGUUUGCAGUUUUCAGUGAAACCACUAAUGUCGAAAUUGUCCCAAUUUCAACACAGAGGGAGGAAGUGAGAUAUGUGGCCGCUCUGAUCAGCUUCUGAUCAGUGUUACCAAAUGUUAGGGGAGUUCUUUCAGCCCACUCAGGCGGCUUUAUAGAAAACAACAACUGUCCUCUGAAAAUACAGACGCAAAUAACCUGUUACUUUUCCAGUAAACGGGCAGAGUCAGUGAUAGAGAGGCUGAUAUGCUUUGACAUAGACUCAUCAGGAAGAAAUAUAGACAAGAAUCAUCCCAAAAAUAUGAACAAGUUGCUGUGUCAGGCCAAAUACUAAAAUUCACAUGAGGUGAUCUUUCAUUCAUCGGUCUCUGGUAGCAUCAUACUAAUUUAGUUAGUUCUGGAAAGUUGGGAAGUCACAUGUUGUAUUUGUCCUCCAACCAGUAUCAACUUGUCUAAACUAGACAGUGCAUCUUCAAAAGUUAGCUCUGGACUUGUAACAGACAGAGCAGAUGUAGACUUGACAUGUUAUUGUGCAGGACCUUGCUCCAACUAAACAGAGUCCCACCUUUAUUUGCAUUUAGCGUUGAUAAAAUUUGAAUCUUUCUUAAAAUAUUUGCUCUUGUAAUUAAAUAUUAUAUGUGUCAGGAUCCUUUAGGGGAAUCAUGAAGAUAGUUUGAAAUAUCACAUGAGUGCACACAGCCACUAGAGAAAAAGAGAAACUAUUAAACUCUCUUUAAGUUUGUUCUGCAGAAACAUAUGUAAUCAUCAAACACCAGCAAAUAUUCACGUAGGCUCUUCCUAAACAAGUUCUUCUAGCUCUACCAGCACUUCCAUCUGCUUAUUUUUUUCACUGUGCUUUUACCAACCAUGGCAGUGUGAUCUUAAACUCUGUCUAUAACAGAUUUGUGUUAUUUUUGGUGGUCACAUAUUCAGUGUUAUAGGCUUGCCUUUUAAGGUAUGUUUCAGCUGGAUUUAUUUUUUUUUCUUCCUGGGUUUGAGAUAAUCUCUUCAGCCAAUGAGAGCUGCACAGCUGACUUUCAGAUGAGUUUUUUAAGAGCAUGCUUUAGUUUUGUGGAGUAAUUUCAUGUUUGUGUGUUGUUCUCUUUGCCUCUCAGUUUCCCCUUUAUGUGUCACUCCUGCUACACAAAGACAUGUUAUAUUUCCAGGAGCUUGCUUUGCAUAGUCAAACUGACUUGGAGCAGUGUGUUCAUUUAUAAUCAGUUAGACUGUGGCGUAUGACCUGUGACACGCCUUAAAACACCUGUUUUGAAAUCUCUCCACAUGAAAAACUUCACUUAGUUGUCUCUUACUCUGCUGACCUGACCCUGCAGACAUGUGUACUGUUUAAGUGUUAGAGAUAGAUAAAUAGUUUGGUGUUAUAAAUAUGAUUCAGUUAAAUAAUUCUGGCUCUCUGUACUGAGUUUGAUCAUGUUUUGCCUAUCAGUCCUGCACUUAUUUUAUUGUAACAACCCCACUCAUCACUCUCCCCGUUUGUCUUUCAGACUGUUCGUGAAGUCACUUCAGUGGAUGGCCCCAGAAGUGGAGGCCAGAUGGAAAUUGGGUCACAUGACCGCCUCCAGGAAGGCGCGCUGAGCCUGGAACUGGCCAAUGGGGUGAAUCCCUAUCCGAACAAUGAAGAGACCUCUAUGGAAACAGAGCAACAGAGGGCUGGAAGUGUGCCCCCAAGACAGUGGGUGUCAGGACAUGGCAAGGUCAGUGACACCCAACAACCAUGUUGGAACGGCAGCGGCAGUACAACCACUGGUGAGCCUGUCCAUCACGCAAACAUGGAGGAUGCCCACAACCUGGUGGCUUUUUCUGCUAUCGCUGGCUCCCUGCCUCCUUCUUCCUCCUCUUCCUGCCUUGUGCAGCCCAAGACAGCCCAGCUUUAUGAGAAGUUCACCCAAGAGAUGGGAACUGAGGGGGGUCAGGCCAGAGUCCCAUCGGGGACUCCUAGGGGUAGCUGCCAACCUCCAGAAGACCUGAACACCCUACAAACAGCAUUGAGCCAAGCCAAACAUGGACAUAAGCCCCCUAACUGCAACUGUGACGGGCCUGACUGUCCAGACUAUCUCGAGUGGCUGGAGAAGAAGAUCAAGUUGGCGACCAGUGACGAACAAGGUGCUUGUAAGAUGGUUGACGCCCCACCGCAAAUGCAGCCUCAUCCACCAAAACCCAAUUUGCAACAUCGACCCCAACCCUACCCUCAAAUGAAUGGCGGCCAUCAUUUUUCUGCUUCAUUCCCCCAGCAGCAACAGGGAAUUCAAGGCCCUCACACAAACCAAGUGCCCUGCUCCAAACCUCCAAUUCCCUGCUCCCCCCAGGUGCUUUCUAUAGCCAAGGAAAAGAACGUAAGCCUGCAGACAGCCAUCGCCAUAGAAGCCCUGACUCAGCUAUCUGCUACCGGUCAACAAGGUGCAAGCUCUCCAAAUCAAAUACUGUUCAACAGCAACCCCCAUCACCACCAACACACCCAGAGCCUCCAAUCUCAGCCUCCCAAUGGCAAUAGCUUGAUGUCAUCCUACCCCAGCCCUCACUCAUCUUCCCGCUCUCAAUCCGUCCCUCCAGGACCACACACCAGCCAGCAGGCCCCCGUGUCCUGUGAGCACCACAGGCCCCAGUCCCAGGGCCAGCCACCCCAUGUUAGCCCUCUCCCAUCUUCUACCUCUCCCUUCCCAGGUCAGGGAAAACAUCCAGGCUUCCACUCUAAUCCACAGCAGUGGCAGCAGAGCUCAGGCAGAGGGUCUGAUCAGAAAAACCAAUGGAUGUGUAUGAAUUCUGAGCUCCAAUCUCACGCCGCAGCUGCACCUCAAAGCAACACUGACCCCAUGUCCGAGCUCAAACAGCUGCUCGGUAACAGCAGUGGCAAGUUCAACAGUGCUCCUUUCAAGCUGCCAGUCACACAGUCACACGCAUUGGCCAGGAUAAAGCAAGAGCCAGACUCUGGUGACCACUAUCACCACACUGCCUCCAUGGGACAUUACGGCAUGGCUAACUGUCAGCAGCAGAGUCAGCACUAUUCUGGCACUCCUCUGUCUCCUGGUCAAGCAGCCAUAAGCCACUCCACUCAGGCAGCUCUGCAACAGCACCUUCACUACAAGAGAAACCUCUUCUCUAACCACUCCUCUGGCGUUGGCUCACCAGGCCCCCGUGCACCUAUGGUAUGCCAAAACUUGAAAAAAUGGUGGCCACAGAUGGAGGCAGAAGGGUUGCCACAUCUUGCCAUCAAACAGGAACCUAAGGAACCCAAAAAGAAAAAAAGCAGCCAGGGAUCUCCUGUUAUAAAAGCUAUGAGUGGGAUGCUCCCAGGCCCUCCCCUGCCCAAACCCAAACAGAUAAUCAUCAAGAAGACCAAGCAGAAAGCUUCAAUGCCAACCUUCCUGCCUCAGACUCAGAUUUCAAUACAAAAACCAUCAGUCCUCAUAAUGGACAGAGCCCCGGCCCUGACCAGCCUGCAACCAGGUUGUUUCCCUUCUCUGCCCCUCCACAGUGACUCCACUCAGGCUGCUGCUGCAGGCCUCCCUGCCCCAGCCCAAUCUCAGGUAUCUAUUUCCAACUCCUCAAUGACUUCCUCUUCCAUUGUCACCACUUUGUCAGCAAACACUCCAGCCCUCAUGGGUCAUCUGCCCCCACCUGGGGCCCCCGUCGCCCAUGAAAAGUCAGAUGAAACAGGCAGCCUGGCCACCAGUAACACCAGCACCACCACACCUCAGACCUCCACAUCUGCAUCUAGCGCACCACAACUACCGGGUCUCAUCAACAUCGAUCCCAAGUAUGAAGAACUGAUUCGCCAGUUUGAGGCUGAAUUUGGAGACUCAGCCCCAGACCCACCUGCCAGUCAGCCCAUGGAGGAGACGGCCACAGCCCCUCAGCUGGAGCAUCAGUCCCAGACGAAUCCUCAAAACUUUAGCCCUAAACCAACACCCAAACCCCAGUUGGCUCCCUCGUUCCUCACCGCUCAAACCAAUUCAACACCUCAACCAAAUGACCAUGAGAUGGAAAUUAACAAGGAUGAGACAGGGACUCCGACUGAGGAAACCUUGAACCAGGCAUCUACUAAAAACCUAAUAGAGAAGCAACACGAGGGUGCCCAUCAUGUCUCUCUGAAUCAGGACACCACUCUGGAGAAGCAGCAGCAGCCCAGUUUGCUGGAGGAUAUGUUCAGCAUACCAGGUUCUCCGCUUCCUAAACGCAUGAAGAUUGAAACCUCGGGGGAUAUAGCAGUACUUUCCACCACAUGUUACUCUGAGGAGGACACUCCCACGAAGGACAGUCUACCUUCUUCCCCGUCUCUCAGAGGCUUCCUGGAGUCUCCUCUUCGAUAUCUCGACAGCCCCACGAAGACGCUGCUGGACACACCAUCCAAGGAUCUACAAGCAGAGUUCCCCACUUGCACCUGUGUUGGUAAGCCUGCGUCAUCCGCCUUAAGGAUUAAGGCGUUUUGCUCUUUGUACAUCUAUAUUUCACACUAACACCUGGCAUUAAUGCUUCUUUCUACUUAAGUUUUUAACUGGUGGUUAGAUCGCUUUAAGAUGAAUGGCAAAGGUACCACAUCUCAGCCAGGGUGUGAUUAAACUAAUUGUAAAGGCUUGAGGCAAUCCCAUACACUACACUUCCUCAACUCCACCAUUUAUUAGAAAAGAGACCAAACUUGAAGAAGCUCCAAGAAGCUGGGCAAGAGCAGCAUGCAGGAUUCUCUCUCAGGCUGUAAUUUCUCAUCCUGCUCACCUACUGCAUGAGAAAGUUGGUUGCUGCACCAAAAGUCUUAUUUUCAAUCACCAGCAUUUCCUCAACUGAAUGAUAUUUCAAAUCUUUGUAGUUUAGACAGUCUGAGGCAAUAAUCAACCUGCAUAUUAACAUCUUCUCAAACAGCCAAAAGCUUGGUGAUAUGAGUAAAUAAUGAGUAAAAUAAUCAUUUAUUUUGAUUUUCUGUCUUCCAAACUGCUGCUCUGAAAUGCACAUACAUCAAAAAUUUGUCAGCUGAAUUUUAGGCAAAAGGGAAAAUCAGCUUCAUAAAAGUCAAUGUGGGUGAGGCGGUUUUGACAUCUACUGAUAGAAAAGGGGCUAAGGAAAACAAAACACUGACAAAACAAACACAAUCAAUGAAUUAUUCACCAGUUUCAAAGAGCUACACCUCUCUGUAAUCAGAGAGGAAGGAGACUUUGGAAUCACUCCUGAUUUGUUUGUGAAAAACCCUCCAAAUACUCAUAAGAACUGGCUUUAUUCAGCUGCCAUCAAUCAGUAAAUCUCAGCUCUUGAGUGUCUUACAAAUGAUGACAAGUUCAAGGAAUGCAUUUGUUUAGCGAGUUCAUGCACAUUACCGGUUUGGGUACUCUUCUACUCCUGUUAUUUAUUUACAACAUAGUUGGUGGUCCCACAUUAGAAGUCUGUGGGCGUUUAUCGUACUCUACUUCUGAGAAACAAUUAAGAAUAUUACAGCUAGUGAAUUACAGCAACAGUGCAGCUGAAUUAUUUAUCUUUUUUAAGUCAAAAAACUCAGUUUGCAUCUGUGUAAAACAGUUUAUUAGUUUGCAGUAAUAAAGAAAUGAUGAAAAUAGUUUCCAGCAGUUCACCUCUGCUGUUAACUGUAGGGCAGUGAGGCUGUAAAGGGUUAAGGCUUUACAAAUGGACCCUUACUGUCCCUAAACAUUUGAUUGCACAGCAUGGGUGAGAGCAGCUGCAGUGAAACACUUGUUAUCUGUGAGCUGUUGCGAACAGGCAGUAACAACAGGCAGAAAACAAGGCCCCAUAGUUGGACUUGGUGACACACUGCCCUGUCAACUCCUCAUCCCACUGCUGCAAUAGACUACACACACAUUAACAGUCUACACCCUGAGUGUGACACACAUGUACACUAAACCAGUUUCCACACAAGAAUUCAGUAGGAGUCCUCCACUUCCUGCCUGAGCCACGCCCCGGUGCCUCCCUGCAUUAACAGGGAAUGUGACCUCGUAUUACCUCUGAACCAGAGAUACACACAGCACUGGGUGUGUAUAUAUGUGUGUGUGUGUGUCCACAUUUUAGAUUACUAGCUGAUAGUGGAGGGCAUUAACAUUUAGAGCAUUUAGCUAAUGUUGUUAUCGUGAGUGUUUGCCACCCUUUGAAGCCAAGGCGACACGGUUUGAUGUUCCGGAAAAUCCUGUUUCUGAAUGCAUAGAAAACUGUUACAUAUCCAGGCUAUAUGGAGUCCAUAGACUGUAAUAGACUCUCUAGUCAUGGGACUGAACAUCAGCCAUAGGCAUUUAUGACACAAAGAUCAAAUACACUUAAACACACACAGUCAUGUGCUCAGAGCUCACACAGACACACCCCAGAUUGCUCUCAACACCAACAUAAUCCUUGUCUGUCAUCACCACCACCUCUGAACGCUUCCUCCUUAAAAGUGUCUCUACACAAGCAACACACCCAACAAUCACAGUCUGUGUGUCAUGAGAGAAAGUGAAUUCACGAGUGUUUAUGUAGACGAGAGGUUUUAACGAGUAAUACAUUCUCACACCUCGUAAAUCAUGACUCUAACUUCAAAAAGGGUGUCAUCUAAAAAUACUCCAAAACAAACCCAUUUGAUUUCAAAUCUCUUCAAGAGCUGAGAUGUAACUAGAGGCGAAGGACAGCUGAGUUCUUUGUUGGUAAAGGAGAGGGAAUAACUUCUGAAAGGAUCAGCUAAAAUGAGUUGUACAGUUUGACAAGAACAAAUAGUUUUAGUUUAAAGCAGGGCUUCAUCCUGGAACUCCUGGGAAAAAUCAUCAGUAUGAUCUGUAAAGAAAAAUCAGUUCACACACAGCAAGACAUGGUGAUAACUGAUUUGGGAUUUCAUUUCAAAUCAUGUCUUAAAUUUCAUAAUUCUCCAAAUUAGGAGAUCUAUUAUGGGAGAGACACUCACUAACACCGGUACAUGAUAGUACUUAUGAUAACAGUCUCUGUAUUAGACUGAAAAUUGUGGGUUUUCUGAGUAAAAAGCACCACUAUUUAGAUUUCAGCGAUUACCUUGAAUGGUUUGUUUGUUCAAUGACUUCUAUUCACUGAAAUACUGAUAAUGACGAUCACAAGAGCUGGAAACAUUUUUACCGAUUAAAACCUGUUACAGGAUUUCUGUUUCCCUUUAAAAGUCCAAAGUUCACAGUGAACAUAACAGAAUGUAAAUACUCAGGAUGAUUUGGACCAAACAAAAAUCAAACAUGAGCUAGAUUUAAAAGUAUGUAAUAGUUCAUCAACUGUGCAGCUUCUAGGUGUCCUAAACUGGUUUACAAACUAUUUCAGCAUCGCGGUGAAUCAGGUUCAAAAUGAUAAGAUCAGCACUGUGUAUUUGCCGGGUGCAGUUGAGACGCUUGCUAAUAUUGAUAAGUUAAAUUUAGACCAAUGGUCAUUCAAUAGUAGUCAGGAAUCUCUCCAGAAUACCACUACCAUCAUGGCAGUGAAAUAGAUGUUCAACCAGGCUGGUGAAUGUGGUGAAUGUGACAUCUAUGUUUAUAUUCCAGGAAUCCCUUCUAGUCUCUAAUGUUCAAAUUCUAUGUUUUAAGGUAAGCCGAGGAUGAAGUUGUACUCACUUUUUUCACUGUUUUUGAUGGUGGUUCACACAGAAACAUACACAUGCACCAGCACUCAUGAAUGGAGAAGUGUCAGAGUGAAAGGGCUGCACAUGGGUGAGCACCCAGGAGGUGAUCCACUGAUUUGAAUCUGCCACCCUCUGGUUUACAAGCCAAAUCUUUACAGCUGUAGCCGCCGCUGCCUCCACUAUCAGUGCUUUGUUUCAGUCAAGCAACAGAACACCUGCUGGUAAAGGCAGUUGAAAUCUCUAUCACCUAUUGUCUCUACAUCUGAAAUUUGGAUUGAAUAGAAGAGUAGCACCUCACCGGGAAAAGAAAUGGUUAACUGUGGAGAACGUUACAGUGUGAAAUUUGUCAUGAUACAUGAUAAGGUAUGCUUGAGUCCUGUUUUCUCACACUUUGGUGUUAUUUUUCCUCUAGAGCAAAUCCUCGAGAAAGAUGAAGGGCCAUACUAUAAUCACCUGGGAUCUGGACCUACUGUAGCUUCCAUACGAGAGCUGAUGGAGACAAGGUGAGCCUUUCUCUCUCUCUCUCUCUCUCUCUCUCUCCUUUCCUUUUUUUUUUCUCUCCCUCCUACAUGCUCUUGGUUUUACUGCUUCUCCCUCCUCCUCCUCCUCCUCUCUGUAUCCAGCUUCCCUCCUCCUCCUCACAUCAUGUCCUCAGGGAAUCUAUGACCCAGAAUCCAGUAGGAGGAACAGGAAGUAUGAGCAUCAUCAGCAUAUCAGAGACAGAGCGAGGAGCAUAGGAGAAGCAGCAGAUGAAAGCUGAGAAUGGAAGGGUUUAAAGAGUUGACAGAGAGGAAAAUACAAAUGAAACGACAAAGAUACAUAAAAGAAGAGAGGUGAAAGGCAGGGAGGAUGAAAGUAAUACAACUUCAUCCUGGAACUUAGGGAUGGUGCAUUUUUCUGUGCUGAUAUCAAUUCGGUUUAUAUUAUGUAACAUUCCUCUGGUAUUAAUUACAGAGAGAAUUUGGCGCUGAAUGACUUUUAACCAUCGUGUGUGGAUCACAAAAAGCUAAAACCUCAAAUUUACUAAAUGAUCUUUCAUUAAAAUUGAGCUUUUGUAAGAGAAAUUGAUCAUAAAAGUGAUCGGUAAUGAAAUUCAUGCCACAUAUAUCAUACUAACAGGACUGAUAAUGUAGAUAAUGUCAUUCUUUUGCUACUUGCAAAAUGUGUGAGCAAUGUAAGAGCAAACUUGGUAUUAAAAAGACAAAUUAACAUUAACUCAGAGUUCACUCCGCUUAGCAUUAGAUUAAAAAGGCUUAUAUUGAUUGAAAUGUGAUUUAAUAUAGGGCUAAAUAAAAUAGACUCUCUUUAUUAACGUUCAUGGAAACAGAAUUCUUAUCAAGUCUAAACAUUUACAUUUUUCUGUUUGCAUUUUUAGCAGAUACAAAAAAUCACAGUAGCACCUGUAUAAGGUCCUUCUGUUGACAUGAUCCUCACUCAAUCUCAUUUGGUUGCUUUGCGUCAGUCUUCUUCACUUUGCUUGGUGUCUUGUUCGCUUAACUACAUGUGUGAUUAAACUUCCUUUGGUGUUUCUGACUGUCUCCAGUCAGCCCUUAACCGCAAAUUAAAGUUUUUACUCUCAAAAUAAAUCAGGGUAAUAGUUUAAAUUUCCUCUAUGUUGUCUACUGAUGUUAUCAGAAGUUAAAGUCUUUUCAAGAGUAUUAUUCAUGUGUGAAGAGAGUCAACUUUGCUAUUCAGAACUAACAACCGCUGUCAAGUGAAUUUGACCAAUCAUAAUUAAGUAUUUAAUACAGCAGGGUGUUAAGUAAGCAUGUAAUAAAGGACUAUAACAUCAACAAAUAUUACCACCUGAUAAAUGUAAUGUGCACAAUCUUUCAGGAAAGUAAUAAUAAUAAUAAUAAUAAUUUUAUUUAUAUAGCACCUUUAAAAACAGAAGUUUACAAAGUGCUUAGACAACAGUUGUAAGCACAGAGACGCAAGAGUAAACCCCCCAAUGUCCCCAGCUGACCUUUGACCCACCCCUGACCCGGGCAGGCCACCCCUGUGGUGAUAAGGCCUACUCCCUUCCCACUCUCUCUUCAUCCACCUCAGGGUGAUUCCCAUUGAGGCAGAGCUCCUUGUGUUCCCUGUCACGCAGAAUCUACUCAAAGCUGACCUCUUCACAAUGGCAGGUAUCAGGCAGGCAGGACAUGUGAUAUGAGCAGUGAGAAGACAUCUAUAAUAAAAUAAAAUGAUGGUAAUAUAAAUGAUAAAGUGGAAUUAAAUAUAUAUGAGAAAACCCCACCGAUCUCCAGCAGGGCUGCAGAAACAUACACAUGAACCAUCAGGACUACUAAGAAAUCUCCAAACACUCCAGUAUUUGCCAAAGCAGGUGUUCGCAGACACAUAGAGAAAAAACACCCAAAACAAACAGAAAUGUGUGCACCCAAAAUAAGCUGGUGUGUGCACAUGUGGACACAAACACCAGCUCCUAUUCCAGAGAAAAGGCCCUUCUGUUGGCAUCAUGGAGAGGCUAGUGGGUUCUUGUUUACUCUGCCAUACCUGUGUGAAUCUCAGCAGAGCCUUGUGAACACUCCUCACCAGCCAGUGCUGCUGAUGUGGGUCUGUCUCCGUCUUGGUUGCAACACAGUAAAAUACUAUCAACACAGACCACUGUUGGCAGAGAUGAACCUGAACUGUUUCCGAACUAAAUAGACAAAUGCAGUUGUUGCCUCGAUGAGUCAACACUUGUGAUGAAUUAUAUCAAAAAAGAAAAUCACUGACUAACAUCUGAGCAACUGGAUGGUUUCAAUCAGCCAUGUAUUGCUAAAAGUUUGUCCACUGAGGAACCAUUGGCACUAUUUGACCAUUUGGCUAUUUGAACAUGUUUAAUCUGGGCGGUCAGAUGUUUACGCUCAUUGAAACAGGAGGUUUUGCUUUUCCUGUGUUUACUUUCGUUGUGAGCCACAUAAGACAGACACAACAUAAAAACGCACGCUUACUUUGUUGGUCUUCUCUGAUGUUUUUGGGUUGUGAUUAUUAGUACUGAGUGUUCACCCAGCUGGCUGUCAGGUGCAGUCGCAGUGAUGUGACGUGUAGCUUUGAACAAAACACGCGAAUCCCAAAGGGAUGAUGAAAUGAGUUUGACUUGUCAGCUUUUUUUGGUGCGUGUUCUUUGAGGUCGUCUUGUUGGCUCUGUCACACAGAAACGUUUGUUUUUCUUACAUUUUUGCUCGAUGAUGUAGAGUCCUAAAGUCAGGCACUUGUGCUGUUUAAUUUUAGGAGGAGCUGCUCAAGUAUUUUUACAUAAGAAAAACUAAAAAAAACUGUCCUUCCUCUUCAGGUAUGGAGAGAAAGGGGAUGCCAUUCGGAUUGAGAAGGUGGUGUACACAGGCAAAGAGGGGAAGAGCUCACGAGGAUGUCCUAUUGCCAAAUGGGUAAGUGGUGUCACUUUUUACAUCAUAUUUGUCAUGUGGGUGAAGUUUUCAAAGAGCCUAGAGAUGUCAGUCAAUCUCAGUCCAUCUUCAUUUAAAAUCUGCCAAGACUCUUAACAAAAGAAGCUGGUCUUCUCUUGACUGUACUUUGUUUGGAAAGACGGGAUAAGAUUGAGCCCCAUUUAGUAACAUCAGAUCCACUCCUAUCUAAUCUCCAACCACAUGAGUGAAACACUUGGCAGCGUUUGUAAAGUUACAGUGGAGAGGAAGAAGAAGUUUCUUUAACAGGAAGAAACCUUGAGCAGAACCAGACACAUGUUAGACAGUCAUCUGCUGAGACUGCAGUGAGAGAGGUGAGAUUGUUGAACACAGUUGAAGCAGAUACAUUUGUUUUAAUGUGAGUGACUGCAACGGGACAAAGGGCAGUUUUAUUUUUAUUUUUUAAAAUCUUGACUCUGCCUGUCAAAUAGUUAUUAAGUUAGCGAACUGAUGAUUGUGUUACACCUUAAAGAGGAGAAACAGAAAAAGGUGUCCCUUUCCGACAGCCCGUCAGUGAAAGAUUUAUGCAGUGUUCGUGUGUGUCUGUUCGUGUGAGUCUAAUCAGGGGUCCUGCCAAGUUAGUCACUCACAAUGAGCAGAUCAGCAGGAGGUCCAAAACUUUAACAACUGCCCCGUCACCCCUCCCUGUGUCACCCCUGACAGACCCUGCUAAUGACUUUAUGGGUCCGAAAUGGCCAUUCUACUCGGAGAGUGCGAGUGUGGGUGAUAGUGUGUGUGUGUGUGUGUGUGUUUGUGUGUGUGUUGGGACAGAGAAGUGCUGAGAUAAUAGAAGUGAAAGAGAUCAGGCUUCCAUAAAUCAACUUUCUGUUAUCAGUUCUUGGUGAAAAAGCUCAGGACGGAUCAGAUAUCAAGUCAUGAGAUGCUUUUUUCGACUUGGAUCAUUUCAUAGUUCAGAGUGGGCUUAUCCUCUGCAAUCAGCUGUUCCUUAUAGGGUGUUGUUUAGUAUUUGAGAAGCAUUCAUUAUAAGGGUGACUGUUGGGUGAACAGAAAAAGCAUUAGAUCUGAACUAUUUGUGAUUUUUUUGUUGUUGUAGUUUUUUACUCACAGCUAUCAAAUCACAUUUAUCUACACUGUUUCUCCUAAGCUAAGAUAAUCUAACUCCUGGUUUCCUUUCAGGUGAUCCGUCGUGGUAGUGAGGCAGAAAAGCUGCUGUGCCUAGUGCGCCAUCGUGCGGGGCACCACUGUGCAAACGCUGUCAUCAUCAUCCUCAUUAUGGCCUGGGAGGGAGUCCCGAGGUUCCUGGCUGACAGGCUGUACCGUGAGCUGAGUGACACCCUCACCAAACACGGCAACCCCACCAGCCGGCGCUGUGGCCUCAAUGACGAGUGAGUAUCUGAGCGAAAACCCUGUGACUUUUGUUUUCUAGAAUUGAAGUCUGAGAUGCUCAUUUCGUAGGUUGUGUUUUCAGUGACCUCACAGUCCUCCUGGAGUCCAAUGGAGAGCCUUUUUCAGCUGUUAUUUCUCGGGUACUUCUGACUGAUAUAAAAGUAUACUACAAAUGUGGCUGGUUUAUUAUACAAAACUUAAUCAGGUCAAUCUCUUGUCCUAAUUUUGUUCCCAUGUAAGUAUCUAUUAAGUAGAAAAGAACUCCCGAGACAUUUGUUCAAAUUGAAGCCAAACACAGUGUUUGAUUAGAGAAAAAUAUAAGUCGCACCCUCUUUUCAGUAGCUUCAGUGUAGCCACCAUUCUUCUUUCAAUAUAAUGUAUGCAUACUGUAUGUUUGAGGGUUUAACAUGAUUCGCUCGGCUCUUAAUCUUCAUUUCCUUGUCAGCUUUUUCUCUCUGUUGAAUCAGGAUAUCCUUCACAGCAAUGGUCAUACAGUAUACAUGUGAUAUCGGGCAUGUGCAGGUUACACACCACUGAUCCAUUCAGCUCAGAGUCUGCCCUUUCUCUCGCCCCGCAGUCGCACCUGUGCAUGCCAAGGAAAAAACCCUGAAUAUUGUGGUGCUUCCUUCUCCUUCGGCUGCUCCUGGAGCAUGUACUUUAAUGGCUGCAAGUACGCUCGUAGUAAAACUCCGCGCAAGUUCAGGCUACAAGGAGAUCACCCCGAAGAGGUACUAGCUUUGUCAGAGACACCAGUUUUUCAGCAUUGAAGAGGAUUAUGUUCAUGUGAAUAAUUCUGCAUAUUUCUUUAAGCUCUGUUCUCUCUAUAGAUCUGUGUUAAGUCAUAACUUUUCAAUGAUAUUUUUGCUUUUUAGGAGGAAAAACUCAGGGAUAACUUACAGAAUCUGGCAACUGAGGUGGCUCCUUUGUACAAGCGACUGGCUCCACAGGCUUAUAGUAACCAGGUUAGUUGUGCACAGAGUGCGUGCCUCAAUUUUGGUGAUUGUAUGUCUUUCUCAAGAGAAGUGCGGGCAAAUAAACUCACCUCUGUUCUCUUCAUCAGUGUCAGUCAGAGUCAAAAGCCCCAGACUGCAGGCUUGGCUUGAAGGAAGGCCGACCUUUCUCUGGAGUCACGGCCUGCAUGGAUUUUUGUGCCCAUGCCCAUAAAGAUCAACACAAUCUCUACAACGGUUGCACAGUGGUGAGAUAUCCCCAUCAUGCUGUUUAAUUUAUGUUUUUGUGAAAGCAACUGAUAUUUUUGUUGUUGUUUUUUGAUUAAUAAGUCCACGUAAACAACAGUAAAAGUGUUUUCUUUCCUGUGAAAGAGAGAGGUGACCAUCCUGGUCUAAUUUUUCCAGCCCUCAGUCAGGAGUGACGGGUGUUUUCAUGAACAGCACUUUUUGAACUUGUCAUUUUCUAUUGCAAUUCAAACAUUAUGCUAAUGAAGAAGCGGCGCUGUUUAGUAAUCAGUGCAGCGCAGAUGUAAAGAUGCUGAGAGACGUGAAAAGUUUUCAGCAGAGCAUGAGCUGACUUACCGCUGGUGUAGAUAUCCAUGUCAAUGAUUGUGGCUACGAAUGAAAGAUGAAAUACAUAAAUCUGCUCCUCUGAUCAUAUUCAUGGUAUUACAAUCCUAAUCCCGCGGUUUGUGCACAGAGAACCACUCUUGUCUUGUGUUGUCAUAAAAAAAGUCCACAACUCACCUCCCUCUGCCUUUCUCCAUUUAUUAGGUGUGCACUUUAACAAAGGAGGACAACCGCAAAGUGAAGGAGAUCCCUGAGGAUGAGCAGCUCCACGUAUUGCCCCUGUACAAGGUAUCCUUGACUGAUGAGUUUGGCAGCGAAGAGGCCCAGCGCCUGAAGAUGCAGACAGGAGCCAUCCAGGUGCUUCAAGCUUUCCGCCGUGAGGUACGCAAAUUGCCUGAACCCGCCAAGUCUUGCAGACAGCGCCGACUAGAGGCCAAGAAGGCAACAAUGGAGAAGAAGAAAAUCAAACUCAUGCAGCAGACAGGGGAGACGCCGGAGAAAAAUGGGGUCAAGGCUGAAGCCUGCAUCAUUGGUUCCCCUCAACCCCAAGGCAAUAAAGGUAACUGUUGUUUUUGUCUCUCUGUGUAUUUUACUUUAUCAACAGAUGUGUGGGCUGUAAAGCAUGUGACUCUAAAAUAACUAGGGGCUUCACCUGUGGCCUUUUCUGCUGAUCUGAAAUGCAUUUUAAACAGUUACAACCCAAAGUCAGAGUGUUUGACCUUGAGACAUACUGAAUAUGAGGAUGCAUUUGAAGUUCAUUUGGUGUAAUAAUAUUUUCUUUGUUUCAAUUAUUCAGCAAUUAUAAAACAAGAAGUGAAGCCUAACAUCAAGAAGGAGCCCUUUAAUGGAUCAAUAGAUGGAUACCCCGUGCAGGCAGCAGACCCUUUCAACAACAUCUAUCCACACCCUGCCUACUAUGCAAGGGGAGGCCUUCCCCAGACUGGCCAGCCCUCUGCACCAGACCCAGUCAACGGUUACCAUCACAAUCUGCACUAUGGCUACUACAACUAUCCCCCCAAUGCACUUUUCCCCCCAAAGCUGAGGACCUACGAGGGUCGAAAUAGCUCUGUCCUCAAAGCAGGCAGCAAGGCUGACCCCGGAGAAAUGAAACCUGAUCUUCAGAGCCUUCAGGCCAGGUUGGCCCAGUCCUACCCCAAUCACCCAGAGCAAGCCAACCAGCUUAACCACAGCGCUUAUCCCCUGCCUGCAGACUACAACCAAUCCCGUCCUUCCUCGGUCUCCUCUGAAACCUCCAACAGGGGCACUCCGGUCAUCAAACAGGAGCCUAUGGAUGUUCCAGUUUAUGACGGCAAAAUGCCAAACCAAGCUGGUGCUAACACACCUAGCACUACCCCCCAGCCUGCAGCCUGGCCAGGGAACAAGCUUAAUGGCAGCAUCGUUCCAACCCACUGGGAAGGCCAUUUGAACCCCAAACCAAGUCCUGAAGCGUCAUUGUUGAACCCAAACAAGCAGCAGUUUCACCAGCAUCCUCAGCAGAGGCAGCCCUUGUCUUACCCCCAGCAGUGGACAUCAUACCCUGGCUCCAAUGCCCUGAUGGCCUCCCCUGCCCCAUCACCAUCACUACAAGUAUCUCCCUCUCCAUCUCCGUCCCCUCACCUAGGCACAGCGCUCCCAGGUAACAUGCACCAAGGGUCCCCACGCCCUGCCACCCCACGCCCAAGCACCCCUCACCCAGGUACACCACAGCCGGGUUGCUCUUACUCAGGCUCAGUCACGCCGCAGCCAAGCACCCCCGGCCCAGGCACCCCAGGCCCAGGCACUCCAAGGCACUGGCCCAGUCCUGCUCCAAGUCCUCAGCCGAAUGCUUGGGCCAUGGGGCCUGUGCCAUAUAGUCCUGGUUUGAAGCACAGCCAUCCCGCAGGAGCCUACCCAGACAAGAUCUGGUCCAAGACAGGGGAAAGUCGUUGUUCUACUCCUCUUGGGCUCCAGGAAAAGGCAUGGAAGUCGUGUGGGGGCUCGGUGGCAGGCAGUACACCUUCCCCUGCCCCUGAGGGUCGCCUUUUCCCUGACGCCCUGCAGCAGUCAGAUCAGGCCUGCUGGAACCCUGGCCAAGCUGAGGGGAACGUUGAGAGCACUAAGGCAGAGGUAGAUGACGAUGAGGUUUGGUCUGACAGCGAGCACAACUUCUUGGAUCCCAACAUUGGUGGUGUAGCAGUAGCACCAGCACACGGUUCCAUCUUGAUUGAAUGUGCCCGUCGGGAACUACAUGCUACCACUCCACUCAAAAAGCCCGAUCGCUCUCAUCCCACCCGCAUCUCCCUGGUCUUCUACCAGCACAAGAACCUUAACCAGCCCCUGCACGGCCUGGCUCUGUGGGAGGCCAAAAUGAAGCUGUUGGCAGAGCGAGCGCUGCAGAGGCAACAGGAAGCCGCUCUCCUCGGCCUCUCCCAAGAAGACAUCAAGGCUCUUGGGAAGAAACGCAAAUGGGGGGCUACAGCGGCAGGUGCCAGUCCAGGACCUGGACAAUCUAAAGACAAGAGGGAGGGGCCAAUGACACGAUUAGCCCCCACUUUCCACACCACCUCUAUAGUUAAUGUGUCUCCCUAUGCCUUCACCCGCCUCACUGGGCCCUACAGCCACUUCGUCUGAGGUCAGACAGACACAAACAGACUGAAAGCUACAGGGUGGUGUAGUGGAGGGCUGGAGAGAGCGAUGAGCAGGAUGAAUGUCUGUCAGCCAUCCCGCAGUCUGGCAUCUCUCCAUCCUGCCCCCUCCGCAGUCCACUCGGAGGAGGGGACAUUUUUAUUGUUUUUACCUCAUGUCAGGCAGUGGUUUGGGCUUCAAACACACUGCCUGUGGUGCUCUUCCUCUCUUUUGCCUGGAGAGGAACUCCAUUGCUUUUUCUUGUUUAUAGAAUUUUAAUGAUUCUAAUUAUUACUAUUAUUAUCAAUAUUAUUAUGAUUGCUAUUGUUACUGUCAAUGUUGUUAUUGCAGGUAUUAUUAUAAUGAAGACUUGUUUGUUUUUUUUUAUUAUUGCUGUUUUCAUUAAUGUUAUUAUUAAUGAUGUGAUUGUUUUUCGGUUAUAUAUUUUUUUUAAUCAAUCAGUCUGUGUCAGUCAGACUCAGACAUGUUCUGCUUUUUCCAUGUUUGGAAAAUGUCUACCCUUUUUUGGUUUGAUUUCGUUUGUUCUUGUCAAUCUUCCAGCUGUACUCAGAGGAGGAGCGAUCAUCAAUCAGGCAAAAAAGCACAUUUCUAUAAUCGUUUGUACACACAGAGGCUUGUCUUAGAUAUAUAUCGCUAUAUACUGACAGUAUAAAGAUGUGUACCUUGACUUUUAAAAGAUUAGACAUACUUAAAGGAGGAUUACAAUCAUUUUUCACCAGGGCAUUGACGAUCCUUUUUCCAGGAGAGUCAGGUCGCUGUCUAAAGUGUCGAUAAAAAUAGAAAUUGAUAGUUUGCAAAUCAUUCAAUCCCUAUAUUUAACUGAACACAGAUUGCAAACACUCUUUAUUUUUUUAGGAGUUUUUAAACUUUAACAUUAAAUCAAAUGUUGAAACUGAACUAUCAAUUGUUUUAUGAACGUGUGCGCUCUUUUUAACAGAGGGGACAACAAAACACUGGAAAAGUUUUGUACACUUGGAGAAAAAUCCCUCAACGAAUCAGGAAAAUUUACCAGAAUCAUGUUUAUCUGCAUGGAAUUGCAAAUAGAGAGAAUUUAUUAUCUAAAAUAUGUAAUAUUAAGAGGUUCAGAGCUUUUGAAUCAACAUUUCAAACUUUUCCUCCGGGUUCUCGAACCUUUUAAAGAGAAGAAAAAACAAGAAGAGGUGAUACAACACAAGGUUAAUCAUGUCCCUGCCUCAUCUGAUUUAAAACAUAAUGCCGCCAUCACAUUAUGAAAUUACAUGCUUCAAAAUCUAAUAUUAUGUCUUUGCAGAAUUUUGCUUUGAAAUGAUUUGCAGACAAUCUAAAUCUGUUUUUUAUGAACAUUUAUCAAAACGUCUAGACGCUCGUGGAAUCAGGGUUUUAUUUCCUUGUCAUUGCCGUAUUAGAAUUGUGUUUAACGGACAUUUCUUGGUUAAACGUUAAUCUAGUUUACCAGCAGCACUGCUGUCUAACACACCAAAGACAGUCCCCCUGUACUGGAACCAGCCAACACCCAUUUAAAUUAUUCAUAAUACUGGAACAGAUACCGUCAUUUUAUAUUUUUAAUUAACUAAAGUAUACACAGAUUUGCUGUACCUGCAUGAGUUUUACUGCAUGAGAUAGAAACGUAAAAUAACCCUAAAAAAAGAGCUUUUUUUGGGAGAGUACAGCUGAAGAGCAGAGCCGAGUUACCGCUCUGUGUUUUUUUUGUGACUUUGUCGAGUCAAUAAAACUCUGAAGUCUUAAACAAACACAAGCACUAAGAUCAAAAUGCUCCGAAUGUAACGACGCCCAGCUCUCAAAUAAUUGUAACUGCCGUUUGAAGAAAGAGAAAGUCAUGCUUGUCUUUUCCUGUCUGAUGAUGGUGACGCUCCUCCUCCAGUUCUGCACCCCUUCACCUUUCAACUGGUGCUCAACUUCCAGCCCUGAAUGAUUCUCAUUCUGCUUCUUUUCAUGGCACUUGAUGCUGUACUUAGGUGCUCUAACUAAAAUCUGGCUCAACUAGUAUUAGCAAGUAUCUAUCUUUGUUUUGACUGAGGUGGAGUACCUGAUGGGGAUGAUUGGAUUUUGCUUUAUAAAGAUACAGGUGCGGGCCAUUUCUCAUGCAAAGAAAUGUAUAAUGAAUUAUUGUAUGGAUGCUUUUCUUUGCCAUGUUUUCCUGUUUGGGAAACUCUACAUAUCUGGUACUUUGCAGAGGUUAAAAUAAGUGAUACUAUUUGCAAAUGUCAUUUGACCCAGAGCUGCAAAUACCACAAAGAGCUGAAACAGAUGGCAACUUUAUCUUCCUUUAACAUACUAAGUAGGGAUGAGCACUUACCCAAUGUAAACUCAAGAGGGCAGCAUUGGCUCUGUUUCAAGAAACCUGCAAGAUCCAUUCUGAAGCCAGUCGAGCCUUGCCUUGCUGUAAUAACUGUCCAUGGCCAGUAGAGGGGGGUCUCUGACUCCGUCUGCUCACCAUGGACGGGUCACUCCAAAGUGGCUCAUGGCAAAGCUGAUCUUUGUCUCAUUGUGGCUCAAAUGUGAAUGACAGGAGAUGGAGAUGCUUUCGCGAAGCUCGUCCUCGGUUAUAGCAGAAAGAAACUGUUUGGUGCUCUUACACACACUCUGGUGCUGUACUAUUACACUUGAUUACUGGUGAAGGGCCCGCCGCUUCCUCUGCAUGGUGCUGUCAUCUUCAGGCAGAGAGAGGCGCGUCCUUCCGCAGGCACCUUGUCACCACAGAGCCCGUAUGGGGCUGCUGUGCUGAAGCUCAUUGGACUCAAGAACCGGUUCCAUUUGAGGUGUUUUUGCAGUUUUUUGUGACAAAUGCAUUCUGUCUCAGAGUACACUGUUUGGGGCAGAGAAAGCACAGUCAUUCAGUACAUUUACACCCCAUUCAUAGGUAAAAAAAAAAAUCUAGUACUGAGAGUCAAAGGGAGACCUUGGGAAAGUCCGGGAGUUGGCGCCAAAUGCAGAUACAUUCAAUCAAAGAAUCUCUCACUUUGUGUGUUUGUGUGUGUGAGUGAGUGUGUGUGUGGUGAGAUGAGGUGGGUGCAUGAAAGAGAAGAGCCAAAGAGAGAGACUAUUUGAUAACCUGGAAAGAGUCCUGUACAUCAUUUUUAUUUUCUCUCCAUCGGGGAUGAAAUGAUUCGAUUGAUUCACCUCAGAUGGUUUCACGGUCACUUGUCACGCGUGUCGAAGAUAAAAAUGAUUCACUACAGGAACUCGACUCGGGCUCACUCCUGGAUACUGGGUGGUUAGUUAGGUCAGGCCCUGGUCAUCUGUGAAAGACCCUGUUACCUCUCCUGAGGGUCUCCAGCUCUCUACCUCACGCUGUAGAGACACUGGUCACAAUCACAACUUGCUACUGAGGGCAGAGAAUCAUGCGUAUGUCCUUUUGUGUGCUCUGGAUCUCCACACUCAUUUUAACCUGCUUUUUUACUCUUAUUUAUUACUACAUGGUGAUGAUGAUGAUGAUGAUGAUUGUCUUUGAUGUUUUUUGUUUUUUUUUUCAUCUUUUUUAUAUAGCUAAUACAAAUUGUACAUAGAGAAGAAAAGAUUUAUAAAAGCACUUUUAAUCUUGAUUUUAAUGACAAAAAGAAAGAGCCGAUUAUUGACAACUUGAAGCUUAGGUUUUUGUUUCUUCUUUUUGUUUGUUUUGUUUUGUUUUUUUCUCAAGAGAGAGAUAAGAAAUGUAAAUAUUAAAAUAUUUAGGUAAGAUUAUUUAACUGGUGAGGAUAGUAACUAAACCAUGAAUGACAAUGGGGUAUUUGAAAGUCUUUGACAGCCCUCAACAACAGCAAACAACACUUGAUCCCGAUGUGUUGGGUAGAAUCGUGUGCUCAGUUACACUGCUGUUUUGCUUUUAUUGAGUACUGUAGCCUUUGUCGGUGUAUAGCUGACAGAGACCUGUCACUUUAUAAAAACAAAUUUAUUUGCCCAGUUAUGUAACAUAAACCCACACCUCACUGAAAUCUGUCAUGAUAAAUCUAGAUGAUGGAUUGCUCUGGUGAAAACCCCACAUCUACGAAAGUAUGAAUAUUAGAGUCUGAACAAAGCUUAUCCGCCUGACAGCACUCAACAAACCAAGACAAACUCUCUCAUCAAUCCUUGAUGGCAAUAUUACAGUCCAGUUGAGCUUGAAAUUGACCAAAACUGUUAUUUUAUGGUACGAAACAACAGUGAUCAACUAUCAGCAAGCUAAGGACAAAUCUAAGACGGAGCCUCGAACCCGACAUGUGCUGCUUGAGGACUGAUGCCCAAUCAGAGCAGCUGAGGCUUCUUAGAUUAGCAUUACGACUGGAUGCAAAACCAGAGCUGACAAAGCUCUCUUAAUUUGCCCGAAAUCAGGAGUCCAGACAUGUUAAUGUUGGUUUUAUUUUGGUCAUAGUACAUUGACAAAGGCAGCAGUGACCACACAAAGUCAACGCUUCCAGCAAAGACAUGAUCCGGCAUGUAAAAUACAUAUAUGAAUUUCUUUAAAGGAGUUGAAUAAGCAAGCUUCGGGGCGCUGGUAGUCAGAUAUACUGUUUUUGGCCGCGGGUAUUUUUCCUAAUUGUAACCAAGCAAAGGUAAUAGACAUCUGUCCCUGUUUCACAUGUACAAUGUUUCCUUAAAUAUCAACAGAGUUGCCAUCAAAUCCAGAACUUACUUUUGUCAGCUGUGUUCGACUAUCAGGUGAAAAGAUUACCUCCCAGCUUGAUUAAAUGUAUCUAUCAUUAUUACCUGCUCUAGUUCUCAUAAUAGUCAGAAUGCACUUGGUCUAUAAGAAUCAUAAUCCCCCCAAUCGUUUGAUUUCUCACAUGUAGAGGUUCGACUGGUGCAUCAAGAGGGCCCACUUCCUUAAAAACCAUACUGCACGGCCCACAUUCAACACACACACACAUACAUACACACACACACACACACAUCUAACAACGGGUGCUGAGGAUAAAGUUAAUGUGCUAUCUUAAUAACUUUGUACAUUUCUAAAUGUCUCACAGGUUUGGUGGAUGGUUCUCAUGAAAAGCGACACCUCCCGGGCACAUACGGAGAAGGGAGGUUGUUCAGCUGGUGCUAUGAAGCUACACCUUAAAAACUCACUGUGUAAAAACAACGAUAAAAAAAAAAGAGAGGGAUAAAUGGUCACCACAAAUAUUUUUCUGAGCUCUUCGAAUGUCAAGAGAUCUAUACUUUAGAUUUACGCAGUUUACGGGAAGCUGCCUUGGUGCUGACUUUAGGACAAGUCUUUUGUUACAACGCUAAACACAAAACGUCAUCUCUAUCCGAGGGCAGGGGGCGCUCUAACAGUUCAUUCUCAACCAAUAUUCAUUCCAUAUUGUACUUGAACUCAUUAAAACUAGAGUGAGAUAACAGAAGACUGUUAACUGGCUUUCACGUAAUCCUUUUGAGUUUGUUGUACAUGUUCACGGUAACUGAACGCUAAGAUAUUUGAACAAAACCAGAAAAGAAAGAAAUUCAUGUACUGCCUCCCUCUCCCUCUCCCUCUCCCCAGACACGCACUUCCUUAACUCGACCCCUUUUUUCUCUUAUCACCUUGUAUAGUUUGUCUUACUCACACAAACACAUGAAUACACAUUUGCAUCUCACAGUGUGUGGCCCACCUUUUAAACACCCUAUAUAACGGACACUUCCAAAUUUGUGAUAUCGACUUAGACCCUGGCCCAUACAAAAAAAAAAAAAAGAAAAAGAAAAAAUGAUGGAAAUGAACCUACACAACUGGCAGCUACAUUCCUUUUUGAGUUCUAGGAUUGUUCUUGGUUCUUUAUUUUCAUGUCAAGGAUGCAGUAUGUAAAAAAAGUGUUUUUGUUCAGUCUCUCUCUCUCUUUGUAGCUGUAUGGUGUAUUAUGUGAAUACAUAGUGUAUGUGGUAAAAACCCCACAAUAUUGUUUUAUGUUGCGCGAUAAAUAAAGACAUUGAAGUGAAAUCGAGUUUGUGACGUGACUUUUUUUUUUUGUCUUGACUUCUGUCUGUCUUUUGCAAUUUGAGACAUCUUAUUUAUCGAGUCUACGUAAUAUGGACCAAAUUUAAAUCUAGAAGUUCAGCAUGCAUGCCCUCCUUCUGCUGCAGGGGACGCUAGUUUCAGUAGGGUGACCAUGCGUCCUCUUUUACCCACACAGGUCCUCUUUUUUGGGGGCUGUCCUGCCUUGUCCGGGGGAGUUUAUAAAAUCCUUCAAAUGUCUGCGGUUUUAUACGCAAGUUUUGAGUUUGUGUUGUGUGGACUUACUGAUUUAGAAGCCUGUAAAAAACACUCAACCUGACCCGAAAAACUCAAAAAUUACUAUGUGCUACUCCGUGACUCCACGUAGUCUUGUCGUCUUUUUGGGGAUUCAGAAUAUGGUCACCUGUGUGUAAGAGAGGGAGUGUGCGAAGUGGAACUCCUGAAAAGUGCAGAUACUGUCACCUUAAUAUCAGAAGGUGAUCAAGAGAGUCAAGUCAAAUUUCCCCUUUUUCCUGAUCAACAGAGGACACUGUGGACAACUCAGCUUGGUUUAAUUUCCUUUUAUUGUAGAUGGUAACCAGUAGCAGAAGCAGCUUGAUAACCUCAAAGGAAAUAAAUGAAAUGAGUCUGUCAUUAAGUCGGCACAAAUAAAUUAACUCAUCAGUACUAAUUUCAAAAAAGGGUUAUUAAAUUUAAGAAUUAAACAAAUUAAAUGCAUGGGUAAACUAUCAAUUUUUAAAAUGUUUUAAAUCAUUCCAAUUCAUUUUAAAAUAAAUUUGUUUUUUUAACUGUUUAAAAUUAUUUUAAAUUAUGCUAAAUACUUUAUAUGUAAUUAAUUUUAACUCAGACUCAACAUUGAAUUCUACAGUAGAUCUAAAAUCAAAUCUAUCACUAUGACGGUUUGCAUAAAUUUAAACAACAACUAGAAACAACAAGGAAACAACUAUAUUAGUUUUAACAUAUUUUAAGUGCACAGGGCUUAGAUUAUUAAUAAACUCAUCUCAACCUCUCCAUCCCUAAAUUAAAGUUAUUUUUUCUGUUGAUUUGAUUUAAAUUAAGAUUUUCUCACCACUGGCGUCUCUGAGGUCUCCUGCAGUGAUGCCACCAAACACUGUCUCUGUGUUGGGUUUAAAACCUGCAACAAAUGACUGAAAACACAUGAAGAAGAGAAAGACAAUGGUUUAGAUUUCUUACUCGAGGAGAAUGGGCAGAGAUAGUUUCAGUUACAAUCUCAAAACCAUUCUGAAGGUAUUUCUGUCCAGUCUCUUUUUAUUUAGGGUUGUCCCUGGUUACACAAUGCUACUAAAGGAUGGGGGGAAAAACUAUCUGCAGCUACGUAAGCACUCUCAUAAAACAUAAUUAUGAACGACAGAUAAUAUGUGAGGGUCAAGGCGACAUUGUUGACAUCAAACAAGCUCCUUCUGAUAGGAGCGGAUCCUCCUUAUUACUUCCCACGAUUCACAAAGGAGGUUACAACACACACACACACCUGCUGAUAGAAGAAACAAGGUCAGAGAAGUGAAGAAACACUCGUGCUUUGUAAGAGAGAAGUUAGAAAACACUCUUAUAUGAUGUGUAACAAGAGGUUCAAACAGUUCAUACUUGUAGCAAACUCUUCAUAAGAAUUCGAGUAAGAUGAUAACUUCUAUAUACAUUUAUACACAUUAUUUUGACACUCUGUAACAAAGGGUGACACACCUGUCCCUGAGCCUCUUUAAUGCCUCUGCCUACCAUCCCUCACUCUACCUGCACUUCACCUGCCCUGCUGUGACUCUCCAGUGGGAGGGACAAACCUCUGAAACAUAAACCUAAACAGUCACAUAAAUUAUCUCUACACAAAAAAAAAAAAAAAAAAAAAUCUCUCAAGACUGUAAUGACAAGAGUAUAAAGUUAAAAAGUUAAGAUAAAGAAUAAAAGCAGUCUCAGUCAAGGUUUCAGAUCACUCUUGUAACUCAGUGCAGCAUUAGUUCAAAUAAUGAAUCUAAAAGUCCAGAGUAUAAAGUUCACUUCGUUGUAUGUCUCCAGAUUUCUGCCUGUUCAAUAUGAAUCCGUCCUUGUUGCAGCCGCCGACAAGGACAACUGGAUCUCAUUCAGUCGCUGCGGAUUGUUAUCGAUAGCACGACCUGCGCUGUAUAGAAGCUGACCUCAGAUAAUUUUUCUUGGGAGUCUGAACUGACUCGACUGCCUCUCCUCUUUCUUGUCCUCUCCAUUAGUCUACCUACGCUUAUGCUGUCAGCCAAACAAGAGCUGAACCAAUUUAAAGAGAGAAGGAGCUUUUUUCUCCGAAUACAACAAUGUGCAUCAAGAUUUCUGUAAUCUCAGAGAGCUCUCUGCGCUGACCCCUGUGUGACGCCUACAUCAUAAGUCAAGGUCUCAAAGUGUGUGAGAGGCUGUGCCCUCGGUCAGUCCACAUGCUCUGUGCUGUAUCAACACAUCCCAGAGAGAGAACAUACUCGUCUCAAGUGUGGCCUGAAAAACUUAUUUCUAAUUAAGCUUUAAGAAACACGUGAACAGAGACAACGUGACUGUUGCUCCAAGGAGGCGUAGUGUCGUCGAGGUACUGUCAAUAACUAAACCUCACAUGUACAAGGAGCUAAUAUGUGGUGUGACUGAGCUUCCAGCAGAGCAGCUGAUGGAGACAUGGAAUAAAAGAUGGUAUGGAUUAAGAUGUCAAACUCUGAUCGUGCUCAGGGUAAGCUUUGGUGCCAGCUAACCCUAACCCUGAAAUCCUGGGGAGCAAAUUUUAGUAGAGGUUUGCAGCAGAGUAACACUCUAGAACAGUCUCCCUGUCCUGGAGCUGAUAUCCAAGCUGCAAAAAAUCUACGUCUGCAGAAGAAAGUCCUGCUGGAAACACAUAAAUCCUCAUUGCUGAGUGUCAGAGAACAAACCACAAAGUGAAACUGAACUGAAGGUCCACUCGUCCUCAUUCAACAAACGGCCCUCAAUGUGCCUUAAGUCCACCUAAAUUUCAUGUCUGAAAACGCACCCGUCAUAAACACAAGUCCUACUGAAGAUAUCUAGAAAAGGUAGAUCUUCGUUUUCUUUAAACUGAGCGAACCAAACUAAAACAGAUUACCUGAUCAUGGAAAGGAGAGUGGUGUUUUUCUCCUAAUCAGGAUCAUUUUUAACUUGAUCUGAUUUUUUUUUUAAUCAGCUGGGCUACAACAAUAAAGAAACAACAGGGAAGGGGAACUAACAGUGACGGGGUUAGACUGCAGCUACAGAGAGACCAGCAUGAAGUUAACAACAUACAGCACUCCUUUGUGCCAAUUAGAGCAAUUUGAGGUGGACAAGGUGAACAGCACAAUGGCUCCUCUUGUGAAAAAGAACACCUUUAGAAAAAGCACAAUGUCUACCUUUGGCAUUACAAUAGGAGCUGUCAGCUCGUAAAGGACCUUGAGAAUAAAACUGACUCAAUAUUCUCAGAGGAAAGCUAAUUUGUAUUGCAGUUUGUGAGCACAUGACAAACCAUUUUCCCUACUCUGCUGCAUUUCCGUAAUUAUUAGAUAUAUUAAUCCUUUCUACCUUGAGCAAGUUCCUGACAUAUCAAUACUGCCUAAGGCCAUUUUCUUUGACAGCGUAUUCCUAUGUUAUCUAAUGUCAGCAGCCCUGAAAGAGCAACUUUGGUGUCCAUUAACCAGGGCCCUAUUUUUCCACAUGAAGAUAUACUAUCAUUGAAGUUACUGUGCUGUGUGACCUGCAUUAAUUCAUGAAAUCAUCAUUACAAGCCCAAAAAGACCUGCAGCUUAACUUUCAUUACUUUUCGACUCAUUACAUGCAGACGUUUUAAACACCUCUGGCUCUAGUUCUGCUGUGAGUUUAACAUUCAACUGCACUUAGAAAAGAGGAUAAGGUCCACAAGAAGAGAAAAAGGUAAUUACAGGACAGGCCUGUUUUAUUCCUCUAUCAAUAUUGAAUGUUGAAGAGGUUCCAUGUUGUAGUUUUACUGAGCUGUUGCAUCCCUUGUACAUAGUUCCAAUGAUAUUGAUUGAUCGUUCUCCAAAUCCAGUGUUUUUACUGGGUUUUACCAGGUCAAUGUGAAUUAUUUAAGCCAGUGUUUAAAUAAUAAAAGGGUGAACAGUUUUCCUGAACAUGUCAAAAUCCUGUCUCAGUGGCUCAGAGGAUAAGAAGACUGACUAGGACACCUGAGGUUCUGGGUUCAAGCCUUAUCAUGGGUGAGGUGAAUUUUAAAGUCCAGUGUCUAGAAAGGAGAGUGAAAGAGGAAGCAAACACAGUACUCCUGUGUGUCCACGUGGACACAGGAGACUGUCUUGGACUUUGUGCCUCAUAACCCCCCUGUAUUACCUCUCCGGAAACACCGGGGAGAAACCCCACCCCCCGGGCCUGGUUCUCCAGGAUUUGCUUCAGGAUCUCCUUUGUGUCGAGCGGGUAUCGAACCAGGGCUGCCCGCUUGACUCGCAUUUGGGUGUCAGUUGUAUACCGCGCUGCGCCUAGCUUGGUACUUUGGCUCCUGGACUUUAAAAUUGGUCCCAGUCAGUCUCCUUAUCCUCUGAGCUAUGUAAACACACAUGAGAAUUCCAGUUUUCUCCUAUUUCACUCUCCUUUGUAGACACUAGACUUUUAAAAUUCACCUGAACUUGGGUAAGGUAAGGCUUGAACUCACGACCUCAGGAGUCCAAGUCCAUCCACUUAUCCUCUGAGCCAUGUGGACACACAGGAGUAUUGUGUUUGUUUCCUCUUUCACUCUCCUCAAUCAAGUCCACAUAUGUAGGUUCCAUUAAAAACUACAAACUUUUCCCAAGAUCAAACAAAAUGAGUCUCAAAUGAGAUUACACAAGGGCACAUCAUCCUCCCUUGGGAGAAAUCCUCCUCUCCUUUAUAGACACCUCGAUCUCCAACCUACGUAUCAGAGAGUGUAGCAAGUACCUAAAAGGGGAGCUCAAGAUCUCUCUUGUAUCAAAGAAAUCAAAUAAAACUCCUAACCACUGCCUUAGACCACAUACUUAGACCUCCUAAAAAAAUGCUAAGUACAAACAAAGAAAAACUACUCACAAAAGGAA